AUGAAACAACUUUUGACUCGUUCCCAGAAACCCGGGAUGGCGAAUGCAUCAUUUCCGCUCGUGCUAGCGGUCAUCGUGACGCUGAUUACGUCAUCAGUGGCUCUCCUCACCACCUCCAACGAGCACAUGUUCGUCAGGAAAUCUGACGGUGGAAGGAUCUGGGCCGUGAUCGUCGCAGGCUCCAAGGAGUAUUACAAUUACCGACAUCAGGUGAGGCACGGGGCUCUUUCGAACCACCGGUCACGUUCUCAAGGAAUUUCCGGAAAAGUGAGACCAUCGGCAUUCCCGCAGGCGGACGCUUGUCACGCCUAUCAAAUCCUGCACAGUCACGGCAUACCCGACGAACGGAUCAUCGUCAUGAUGUACGACGACAUUGCCGACAACGAAAUGAAUCCGACCCCAGGGACAAUUAUUAAUCAUCCAGACGGGGAAGACGUUUACCGCGGCGUCAAAAAGGAUUACACGGGCGAGGAUGUCACGCCGGACACCUUCAUUAGCGUGCUGGCGGGCCACAAACACGCCGUGGAAGGACGUGGGAGCGGCGCCGUGCUGGAAAGCUCGGCUAAUGACCACGUGUUCGUCUACUUUGCGGACCACGGGGCCCCGGGAUUGGUCGCCUUUCCGGCUGGAGAAGACCCGUUUCUGCACGCCGGCGACCUGACCUCGGUUUUGCACGAGAUGGCACGUCAAAAGCGCUUCUCCAAGCUAGUUUUCUACAUGGAGGCCUGCGAAUCCGGUUCCAUGUUCGCCAACCUUUCGGCGAACAUCAACGUAUUCGCCAUGACUGCAGCCAAUUCUAUGGAAUCGUCUUACGCUUGUUAUUACGACUCAGACAGGCAAACGUACUUAGGAGAUACGUUCUCUGUGAGCUGGAUGGAAGAUACUGACGAGGAGAACAUUUCAAGUGAGACCAUAAAUCGGCAGUAUUCGAUCGCGAAGGCGAAGACGACGCUCAGCCACGUGCAGCGAUUCGGAGACUUGCGGUUGGGAGGACUGACAGUCAGCGAGUUCCAAGGCAGACGCCAGCGACAGGAGCUUAUCAGCUACUCCAGGCUCCCGACCGACCAAGUCCCGUCUCACGACGUUCCUCUGGAGAUUUUGCGUCGCAAGCUCGAGAGUGCCCCGAGCAAAGCUUCCCGUCUCGCCAUACGACGGGAAAUCGGCACAUUGUUAAGGAAGCGAAAAGCCUUAAACAACCUUGUCGAUACAAUGCUGAAAAAUCUGACACUUGACGAAUCAAUCUACUUGCGAAUGAUAACAGAGGUGAGCGAUGUCGGCGAUGACGGCUGCUACAAGGAGGUUACGAGAGCUUUCCAUCAAUGUGUCAAAUUCAAUGAGAACAAUUACGCGCUAAGGCAACUUUUCAAGUUCGCCAAUGCCUGCAAGGUUUCCAGUGACCAUGAAUUGAUAAUCACGCAGAUCGAGCUCCGUUGCCCAAAUCCGAGGUGGACCGGAAUACAUUGAAUAUACUGUUGUGCAAGAAAGAACCUACGGUAUCUGUUUGAAAUUCGGGUAAUAAUGCGCAUAAGAAUUAUACAGCAUUAUUCUUUUGUGUCUA